UAGCUGACUUGUUGUCUAGAAUAACUCUUUUUAUACGUUUUGAGUAAAUGAGAUACUAUAUAGUAUAAAAUACUUAUCAGAAUCUGGUAAGAAUCUAAUAAGCUUACCGCAAGAAAUGUGUAUAAAAUAAAUAAGAAUUUCAUACGAGUUCAUAUGACUUUCCUAUGAAACUUUUACGACUUUCUUGUAAGACUCUUAUAAUGUCCUUAUGGACUUUUUGGAGCUCUCCUGCGAAAUCUUGUUUAAGAAACCGAAAAGAAUUUAUCAGAUUUAUUAACAAAUUUUCCUCUAGGGAAGAUCUGGAAAGAUUUCAUAAGAUUAUAUGAGAAUACAUCAGACUUUACAGAAUUAUGUCUCAGGUUCUGUCCUAUAUAGUCCAUCUAGACCCCCUUUAAAAAGCAUUUUUCCUUGUCAUGACAUUUUGGAGCAUAGGAAGAACGUAUCUAACCAAGUUCCUUAUAGCCAUGCACUUCAUUUGUGCUUAGCUGAUGUGUCAAGUUGAAGGAAGAAAAAAAUUCUUAGCGUUGUCAUAAGAACCAUGUUACAUAUCUGGGAGCAAAAUUCAUGCGAUAAGAAUGAAUCAUCACUUCGCGUAAGAUCUUGUAACAAGAAAUCGUAUGACCUUGUGAUAAGAACUUAACAUGAGUAUACACUGUUACUGAAAAAAUCUUGCAAGAUCAUAUUAUUUCUUGUUCCAAGAUCUUAACAUGUCUUUUAAGCUGAUCUUGUAAGAUCUUACGACAAGAAGUUACAAGAUUCCAUAAGAUCAUACAUAAGCUUGAGAGAAGAUCUUCCGAGGUCUUGUGUAAAGAUCUUGUAGAAAGAUUGCAGAAGAAAUCAUCAGAUCUUGUAAGAAGUCUUUCAUUUGGGUCCAUUAUAUUUCUGUGACAUCUAUGAAAAAUUUUGAACCACAAUACUUCCUUUCCACAGAACAAUAUCCGAGUUCAUCGUGGCAGACUUUGGAUUUUUUAAUCAUUCAUUGUCGUCAACAAUUGUCUAAUCUUCGUAGCUUUUCUUGCAUUUUCUGCAUGGCACAUGUUCUGAACCAUUAUGCAUAACCAGAGAUAAAUGUGGCUGCCCGCCUCUUUUGUCGCUUCUUGUACUUUUAAAGAUUUUAAAUAAACGUUCUACUCUUUUGUCGAAGCGAAGUGUAACUUUAGCGUGCAUAAAAACAGACGUAAAAUUAGACAUUUCACUUUGUGUACUCGAUGAUGCUACUCUAUGCUAACUGACAGACUUUUCUUUUUUUAUAUAGCCACAGAAACCACUUCUACUACGACUACUCAAACUACAUCAACAAGUAUGCUUUACUAUUUAAAAUGCAGGACAUAGGAUACUAUUCCUGAGCUGUAUAAUAUAUAAAAAUUAUUUUUUAAAAACAAACGCAAAAUGUUCGAAACAUGAAGCAUUUGUGAUUCUAUCAUUUGUGAUUUUUUUUAGCUACUUCUACCACAUCUACUACAACCACUACACAAGCGACUACAACUCCUACUCCACCGUGUACACCUGUUCUCUCAACAACAGGUCAAUUAUAUAAUGUUAGAAAUCCAACUACAACAGCUUCAGGUUAUACGUGUUAUGCAUAUAAAUGGUAUGCUACAUCGUCUUCGGCUACAUUGACAUUUGCCUUACGUCAAGAUCCUGGAUUUUGGUCUUUGGACGAUGUUAGUGUAUACGAUGGUGGUACACAAGUCUUAGUCAAUGGCGGAUUUGAAACGGGAAGUUUUUCACCAUGGAUUUAUUCCUAUCCAAAUGGACAUGGCGGGACCUACGGAAGAAUCGAUCAUAAUACCUAUAGUUAUGCACAUACCGGCUAUUAUUAUUAUGCAGAUGGAUGUUAUAGUUACACAGAUUAUUUAAGUCAAACAUUUGCAACUGUGCUCGGGGACUUAUAUGUGAUCAGUUUUUAUAUAUUUCAAGAUGGCGGAGGAGCAACGAUUAUUGGAAAUGUAACUAUUGGAUAA